CACGCGGCCGAGAUUACAGCAUAGAUUGGAUUUAUUUACCAAUAAAGACAUAAUAAAUUGAGUUUACCGCGAGCUCGAUCAGACGGGCCUGCGCGUUCGUGUGUUGCGGGGACGCGCCGCGCGCUCAGUGACUCAGUGGAAGGGUUUCGGAUCGACCGCGCCGCGCUCAGCUGCUCCCCGAGACUAAGCGUCACCUCGCCGGCCAAAAACAUGUCCAAACUGGAGCAGGUCCUUAUCCUAGAUCCCCCCACCGACCUGAGGUUCAGAGGUCCGUUCACAGACGUCGUCACUGCUAACCUGAAGCUCAAGAACCCCUCAGAGAGGAAAGUAUGUUUCAAAGUGAAGACCACAGCGCCGCGCAGAUACUGCGUACGGCCGAACAGCGGCAUCAUCGACCCCGGGGCCGCGGUCAUCAUCUCGGUUAUGCUGCAGCCGUUUGAGUACGACCCCAACGAGAAGAGUAAACACAAGUUCAUGGUUCAGACCAUCUUCGCCCCCGCAGCCGCUACAGACACAGAAGCCUUGUGGAAAGACGCGAAACCCGAUGAUCUCAUGGAUUCCAAACUCAGAUGUGUGUUUGAGCUGCCGUCUGAAAACGAUAAAGUGAACGACGCUGACUCUGCGUCUAAACCGGCGGCGGUUCUGAACUCCUCCAAACUGGACGUGCCGGUGGCAGGGAAAGCGGUCAGCGCGGCUCUGGACGACUCGGAGAUGAAGAAGAUCCUGGAGGAGUGCAGACGCCUGCAGACGGAGGCCAGCAAGCUGAACGAGGAGAACCGCCAGCUCAGGGACGAGGGUGUGAGGCUGAGGAAGGUCCAGCGCGGUGAACACGUGACGAGUAACUCCAGCUCUGCUCUGGGUCAGGAGUCCAGGGCCGGCUCUCUUCCCUCGCUGCUGGUGGUCAUCGCAGCCAUCUUCCUCGGGUUCUUCCUCGGCAAGUUCAUCCUGUAGAGCAUCUCUCUCUGUUGUCUGUCGGGGGACGGAUGGAUGUUAGAGCCAUGGACUGCUGACGGUCUUCCCCUCAAACUCGUUUCGUUUCACUCAAACUCAGUCGAAAGUGUAAAUGUGGUUUUAAUCUUCCUGCAGACGACGGAAGCGCUUCGGACGCGUCGAGCGGGAGCCUCCUUCGGUGCACUCGUCCCGUUCCCGUUCCUAACCAUCCCCACGCAGACUGUUUUAUUACUGUAAUGAUCAUUCAUUAAUGAUAUCAUCGAUGUACUUUCUCUCAGAGCAGCAUUUAUCCACACAGACGUUCACUUUACUGUCUCAUACUAGACGACGUUGAAGAAAUAAAACGAAAAAUUAAUUA